AAAAAAACCCAAACCUGAUCCUGAAGAGUCACCUGGUGCUUUAAUUUAACACUCGACGUCUGUCCGAUGGGUGACAGCGAUGACGAGUUCGACCGCAGGAGGAGGGACAAGUUCAGGAGGGAGCGGAGUGACAUGGAGAGAUCGAGGGAGCGGGAGGAGAGGAGGAGGGACGACUGGCCGGACAGGGACUGGGACCGUGGCAGGGAGAGGAGGAGGGACUAUGAUCGGGGGCGCAGAGAGAGGUUUUCUCCUCCACGUCACAUCAGCCCUCAGCACAAACGCAUGAGAAGAGACUGGGACGACCACCGGGGGGAGCCAUACCGCUUCGACUUGCCCUAUGGAGGAGGAGGAGCUCCAUUUCCAGGGGCGGGGCCUCAGGGCUGGCACAUGGACUUCCCCCACCUUCACCCACAUCAUGGAGGACACCCACUGCAGACGAGGCUGGGGAUGAUGGAUCCAGACCUCCCACCUCCAGGUCCUCCCUCCAUGAGGAGCUUUAAGGAGUUCCUGUUGAACAUGGAGGACAGCGUGGACGAGACGGAGGCGGUGAAACGUUACAACCAGUACAAACUGGACUUCCGGCGCCAGCAGCUGCAGGACUUCUUCCUCCAACACAAAGACCACGAGUGGUUCCGCUCCAAGUACCACCCUGAUGACAUCACAGCAAAGAGGGCGGAGUCUCUGGACGCCCUCAAAACCAGACUGAGCGUCUUCCUGUUCCUGUUUGACAACAACUGGCUGGAGAACAUGGCGCUGGACAUGGACCACGCCCCCGCCAUCAUCAAGCUGCUGGAUGCAGCUGUGAUAAAGAUGGAAGGAGGAACAGACUUUGACCUGCAGGUUCUGGAGGCUCAGUCCGGUCCUGCACCUGGAGGUGCUGAUGGGACCGUUGGAGCUGCAGGUGAGAAAGAUCAGAGUGGUCCCAGUGCCAGAAUCGAUACUGGUCAGAACAAAUCAGAGACGGCUCCAGGACUGACAGAGAUCAACAGAGAGCCACCUGAGAAGAUCUGUGAAGACGCCGAGCACAAUGGAAAGGAGGAGGAGGAGGAUGAAGAGGAGGAGAAGAAAGAGGAAGAGGAAGAGGAGGAGGAGGAGGAGGAGAAGGAGAAGAAGAAGGCAAAGAAGACCAAGAGGAGGAAGCGCAGCCUGUCAGCUGACAGCGGAGAGGGCAGUGCCUCCGACUCUGACUCCUCCCACUCUGAUGGGGAGAAGGAGGAAGAGGAGGAUGAGGGAGAUGAUGAGCGGCAUAACGAACGAGGGAAGGAAAGGGAGGCGGAAGCUCCGCCCAGGCCCCGCCCACUUCACCUCACCACCUCCCUGUUCAUCAGAAGCAUCCCACCUGAGGUGUCCAAGGAGGAGAUCACAGCUUUGUGUCGCAGGUACCCGGGCUUCCUGCGGGUGGCGCUGUCGGACCCUCAGGCUGAGCGGAGCUUCUUCAGGCGGUGCUGGGUGACAUUCGACCGCAGCAUCAACAUCAAGGAGACCUGCUGGAGCCUUCAGAACAUCAGGCUCAGAGACUGCGAGCUGUCCCCGGUGGUCAACAGAGACCUGUGUCGGCGCGUCCGCAGCGUCAACGGACUCACCCACCACAAGCCCGUGGUGAGGAACGACAUCCGCCUGUCGGCCCGGCUCGUCCACAGUCUGGACCAGAAGGGGGCGCUGUGGGCCGGGCAGAUGGAGACCAACCCGGUCCUGAAGAACAUCACAGACUACCUGAUCGAAGAGGUGAGCGCUGAGGAGGAGGAGCUUAUCGGGGCCUCGGGGAGGAGUGGUGAAGAUCCAGGAGACCCCAAAAACCCCGCCUCCUCUGAGGUUCCCGUGGAGACAGACGAGAAGCUGCUGAAGGUGUUGGACCGGCUGCUGCUGUACCUGCGGCUCGUUCACUCCGUAGAUUAUUACAACUUCUGUGAGUAUCCUGCCGAGGACGAGAUGCCUCACCGCUGCGGGCUCAUCCACGUCCGAGGACCCCUACCUGUGGCCAAGAUCACCCCCACUGAGGUGAGUGAACACCUGAGGAUGUGUGAGGAACGUCUGGCUCCUCUGCUCUCACCGUCAGAGAAACUGAGUGAAGACGAAGCUGUUCGCCUCGGGAAGAAAGACCCAGAACAGGAGGUGGAGAAGUUCCUGUCGACCAACACUCAGGAGCUCAGUAAAGACAAGUGGCUCUGUCCUCUGAGCGGGAAGAAGUUCAAGGCUCCAGAGUUUGUGCGUAAACACAUCCUGAACAAACACGGCGAGAAGGUCGCCGUCGUCAGACAGGAAGUGGAGUUCUUUAACAACUUCCUGUUGGAUGCCAAGAGACCCACUCUACCUGAAAACAAGCCCCUCCCCCCUCCAGCACAAGCCACGCUUCCUGGUAUGACAUCAUUUCCUCCUCCACUGCCACAGCAGCAAAGCCUUCUGGGAUAUCCUCCAGGAGUCAGACCUCCCAUGCACGCCUUCCCAGGUGUCGUACCUCACCCCCCACCUGGACAGUUUGGGGCGGGCCGCGGGACCUUCGACAGCUUCAGAGGAGGAGGAGGAGGAGGAGGGUUUCCUGGGAAGCAGAGGAACAGCAGGACCAUGCGAGGAGACCCCCGCUCCAUCAUCGAGUACAGAGACCUGGACGCUCCAGAAGACCUCGACUUUUUCUAAAACACUCGCAUCUUUUUUUAUUAUUUUUUAUUCCACAUUUUGUCAGUUAGUGUGUGUC